AUCGCGGUUGCAUUCGGAAGGUGGAGCCAGACGCAAGGGGUGAGAUAGAGUAAACAUGUGCUCGAUAUUUUCUCAGUCCUUCGCUCAGGAUUGAUCUGGCAUUACUGUUGUCUUUACAUUUAUUUACUCACUGUGAUCGUGAAGAUGAGUGUUCGGGAGUUGGAGUCCGCCGAGACUCUGUAUGAAGAGCCGAGCACCAAUGAUGAUGUCCGAGACGAUGAGAAAAAAGACCGACCAGCAGAGCCGUCUCCGAUCGACGAUCCCUUCGGGAAUGAGGAAAAUGCGGAGGUCAAAUAUCGAGUGAUGAAGUGGUGGCAGAGCGGAAUGCUGAUGACUGCGCAGAAUGUCUCUUUGGGAAUUCUGUCUUUGCCAUCUGCUGUUGCGACUUUAGGGAUCGUUCCAGCCGUCGUUAUCAUUGUGUUCAUGUCAGGAGUAGCUUGGUACACUGGUCACAUCAUCGGCAGAGUGAAAUUGAGAUACCCACAGAUCCACAGCAUGAGCGAUGCCGGAGGAAUAUUUUUCGGCCGAUUUGCGCAGGAGUUCCUCAGUGUUGGCCAGUUAAUAUUUCUAAUAUUUCUCAUGGCCAGCCACGUCCUGACAUUUUCGGUACUGAUGAAUGAGCUCACGAACCAUGGCGCUUGUACUAUUGGAUUCUCGGCGAUUGGGCUGGUUGUGAGCUUCAUCGGGUCAUUGCCGCGGCGCAUGGAAAAGGUGUAUUGGAUAUCGGUGAUAUCCUUCGCCAGUAUCCUCAUCGCGACAAUUGUUACGAUGAUUGCGAUCGGUGUUCAAAAUCCAGUGUCGCACCGCCUUCAGAUCGCCACUAGCCAUGGAUUUGCGAAGGAGUUUUUGGCCGUCACAAACAUCUUGUUUGCAUAUAUCGCCCACGUUGCCUUCUUCGGCUUUAUUUCGGAAAUGCAAAACCCACGAGACUUCCCAAAGUCGCUUGCGAUGUUGCAGAUUGUCGAUACUUGCAUGUACGUCGUCACAGCGGUAGUCAUCUACUGCUACGCUGGGCCCGACGUCACGUCACCGGCCUUGAGCUCUGCUGGGUCCGUAAUGAAGAAAGUUGCCUGGGGACUCGCGAUACCGACCGUCGUUUUCUCCGGUGUUAUACACGGACAUGUCGCUUCGAAAUAUAUUUACGUGCGCAUCUUCCGUGGCUCGUCGCAGAUACAUAGUCGGGGCUUCCGCUCUGUUGGGGCCUGGCUAGGAAUUGGGUUUGUGGUGUGGGUGGUUGCUUGGGUUGUGGCGGAGUCCAUCCCAGUGUUUAAUGACUUGUUGAGUUUGAUUAGCUCUUUAUUCGGUAGCUGGUUUAGCUAUGGACUUCCCGCGGCCUUCGGGCUCGGUAUGAACAAGGGCCAGCUAUUCUCCUCGGCGAAGAGGACCUGUGUCACUAUUAUACAGCUGAUAGUCCUGGGUAUUGCUUGCACUAUUUGCGGCCUUGGUCUUUACGUCUCUGGCAAAUCAAUUCAUGAAAGUUCUCAGUCGUCUGCUUGGACAUGCGCAAACAACGGAAGUUAGACUUUGGGCGCAAAUCAGACUCGAAACCCUGGGUCUAUCAUUACUUGCAUCUGAUAUUCCAAAACUCAUUGCCUUGCGUUUAUCUUGUUUUCCUGCUUACCCCUUCUUUAUUUACGAAAGGUUACCCGGUACGUUGGGGUUAACUUUCUAGUAUUUGCUCGCUGCAUCGCAGGUGUCUCUUGCUGGUGUUAAACAUACUUAUUUGUACAUCCGGA